AUGGAGGAGCAGUACAUCAAGGGGGUUUCGUGCAAUAAAAUGGAAAUGUCUAGUGAAGCUGAACGUGAAACUCAAGCCUAUGCUGGACUCCGUGGCAGUAAACAGAGCCUGGGACCUACAGGCAAAACAGAAAAGCUUCACAACACAAUCGAGAUGCAGACAGCUGCUUCUGUCAGGAAGUGGUUCCGCUCCUACGCCAACGCAGAAUCGCACUCACAAGGAGAGCUGGCAGGCUGUGCGAAGGUGCGGACGCCCUCCCUCCCGGCGGCGGGUGUGGGCAGGCCGCAAAGGUUUGCGGGCGCCAUGCAGAUGCUGGGCUACUGCCCGGAGCUGUCCUACAACAUGGCGCUGUGCUGCUACGCGGCCAGGCAGUACGCCCCUGCCCUCAAGCACAUCUCCGAUAUCAUUGAGCGCGGCAUCCACCAGCACCCGGAGCUCAGUGUGGGCAUGACCACGGAGGGCAUUGACGUCCGCAGCGUCGGCAACACGCUGCUCCUGCACCGCACGGCCCUGGUGGAGGCCUUCAACCUCAAGGCGGCCAUUGAGUACCAGCUGCGCAACCUGCAGGCGGCCCAGGAGGCACUCACGAACAUGCCGCCGAGGGCGGAGGAGGAGCUGGACCCAGUCACGCUGCACAACCAAGCGCUGAUGAACAUGGACAGCCAGCCCACUGAAGGGUUUGAGAAACUGCAGUUUCUUCUGCUGCAGAACCCUUGUCCACCAGAAACUUUUGGAAACUUGCUGCUCCUCUAUUGCAAGCACCAGUACUACGACCUGGCAGCUGAUGUGCUGGCAGAGAACGCCCAUCUGACCUACAAACUGCUCACACCUUACUUGUACAACUUCUUGGAUGCCGUUAUUACUUGUCAAACUGCCCCUGAGGAGGCCUUUCACAAGCUAGGGUUUCGCAAGCAGGUGCAGGAAGCUAGGCAAAACUGGGAUGAUGAAGCUGUAAAAAAGGCAGUUAAUGAGUACGAUGAGACUCUAGAUAAAUACGUACCUGUCUUGAUGGCCCAGGCAAAGAUCUACUGGGACAUGAAGAACUACGCAGUGGUAGAAAAGAUUUUCCGCAAAUCGGUGGAGUUCUGUAACGACCAUGAGGUGUGGAAGCUCAAUGUGGCUCACGUGCUCUUCAUGCAGGAGAACAAGUAUAAAGAAGCUAUUAGCUUAUACGAGCCAAUAGUUAAAAAGCACUAUGAUGACAUUCUCCAGGUCAGUGCCAUCGUGUUAGCUAACCUCUGCGUUUCCUACAUCCUGACAAGCCAGAAUGAAGAUGCGGAGGAACUGAUGAGGAAGAUCGAGAAGGGAGAAGAGCAGCUGUCCUAUGAAAAUCCUGAUAAAAACACCUACCAUCUUUGCAUUGUCAAUCUAGUCAUUGGUACCCUCUACUGUGUGAAGGGAAACUACGACUUUGGUAUUUCAAGGGUCAUUAAAAGCCUGGAGCCAUAUAACAAAAAACUGAGCACUGAUACAUGGUAUUACGCCAAACGAUGUUUCCUCUCCUUGCUGGAGAACAUGUCCAAGCACAUGAUCAUGCUACGUGACAACGUUAUUCAAGAGUGCAUCCAGUUUCUGAAGCAGUGUGAGCUGUAUGGAAGAAACAUCCCAGCUGUCAUUGAGCAGCCCCUUGAAGAGAAGAGGAUGCACAGUGGGAAAAAUACAGUUACCUACGAAGCCAGGCUUUUGAGGGCGCUGAUGUAUAAGAUCAUUGGGUGGACUGCGUGAAUGGUGUCCCCAUACAGGAGGAAUGAGAACUUUGUGUCUGUUCUUUUCUUACGCUUGUGAGGCGAUGCUCGCCCUGGUAGUCCAAGUGGCGUGGGUUUUUCUCGACUGCUUACCUUUAAAGGAUUUUGUCCUGUGUUUUAACAACAUUCAGUGGAAAAUAGAAUAUUUG